AUGAUGCUGAGCCCUGACGGAGGUGAAGGCUUUGUGGUCAAACUCCGUGGCCUACCCUGGUCCUGCUCAAUAGAGGACGUACAAAACUUCCUCUCCAACUGCACAAUUCAUGAUGGGGUCGCAGGUGUUCAUUUCAUUUAUACUAGAGAAGGCAGGCAGAGUGGUGAGGCUUUUGUUGAACUUGAGUCAGAAGAUGAUGUGAAAUUGGCUCUGAAAAAAGACAGGGAAAGCAUGGGACACCGAUAUAUUGAGGUGUUCAAGUCACACAGAAUCGAGAUGGAUUGGGUGUUGAAGCACAGUGGUCCAAACAGCGCCGACAGUGCCAAUGAUGGCUUUGUGAGGCUUCGGGGACUUCCGUUUGGAUGCAUAAAGGAAGAAAUUGUUCAGUUCUUCUCAGGAUUGGAAAUUGUGCCAAACGGGAUCACAUUACCUAUGGACCCAGAGGGCAAGAUUACAGGCGAGGCCUUCGUUCAGUUUGCCUCACAAGAGUUAGCUGAGAAAGCUCUGGGGAAGCACAAGGAGAGAAUAGGACACAGGUAUAUCGAAGUGUUCAAGAGCAGCCAAGAGGAAGUUAGGUCAUACUCAGAUCCACCUCUGAAGUUCAUGUCUGUGCAGAGACCUGGGCCCUAUGACCGGCCUGGUACAGCCCAGAGGUACACUGGCAUUGUGAAACAGGCAGGCUUGGACAGGAUGAGGUCUGGUGCCUAUAGUGCAGGCUAUGGGGGCUAUGAAGAAUACAGUGGCCUCAGUGAUGGCUAUGGCUUCACCACUGACCUGUUUAGGAGAGAUCUCAGCUACUGUCUCUCAGGAAUGUAUGACCACAGAUACGAAGACAGCGAGUUCACAGUGCAGAGCACCACCCGCCACUGCGUCCACAUGAGAGGGCUGCCCUACAAAGCAAAGGAGAUCGACAUUUACAACUUCUUCUCUCCACUCAACCCCGUGAGAGUUCAUAUUGAGAUUGGUCCUGAUGGAAGAAUGACAGGAGAAGCUGAUGUUGAGUUUGCCACCCAUGAAGAAGCAGUGGCAGCUAUGUCGAAGGACAGGGCCAAUAUGCAGCACAGAUAUAUAGAACUCUUCCUGAAUUCAACAGGGGCUAGCUACGGGGCUUAUGGCAGCCAGGUGAUGCAGGGCAUGGAAGUGUCAGCUGCCCAGGAGACUUACAGUGGCCUGGAGAGCCAGUCAGUGAGUGGCUGUUAUGGGGCCGGCUACAGUGGUCAGAACAGCAUGGGUGGAUAUGACUAGUAUUGUAGACAUUUGAGUUAUUUCAAUCAAAAUUUCACAGGCAGC